CAUUCCCCUCCACCCUGCUCUACUUUCAGAUCCAUCCAAUUAAGUCAUUUUCCUUGGGAUUCCAGGGGAGAGAGCCGAGGAGGGUGGGGGUGGUGCUCUUGUCUCCCUCCUCCUCUUCCUAUCUGGAGCUGGACUCUGCCCACACUGACUCUCAAGCCCGCUUGGCAAGCCUCCCUGCCUGCUUCUCUUCCCAGGCAGCAGCCAUGAAUCGGGUGGGAAGAAAGGACGAAGAAACCCUCAUCGAGAUGUCUUUGGCCGCCGAUGGGGGAGAAGAGAGCAAUGGGCCAUUAUACGAAAAUUUAUCAAACACUGAUUCAGAACAUCCUGGUAACUCUGAGGGCCUAAGUACCACUGAGACUACAUUACUCAUCUCUGACCUUCAAGGGCAGAGUGGAAGGAGAUUCAAUCUGUUCCUGAAGCGACGUCUCAGGAUUGACAAGCGACAUCAAAGCAAAGACUCAAUUUUCUUCAGAGAUGGUGUCCGACAGAUAGAUUUUGUACUUGCUUAUGUGGACGAUGCAAAUAAAGAACUGGAAAAGAAAAUGGAAAGGAGACGAGAAUUUGAGAACAAUCUAAUGAAGGCAGGUCUGGAACUAGAAGUUGAAGACAAAAAGGAAUCUGAAAAUGGUAAAACUUGCUUUGUGAAGAUUCAUGCACCCUGGGAGGUCCUAACCACAUAUGCCGAAGUGCUGAACAUCAAAGUGCCCAUCAAGGAAAACGAUAUUUCUUGUGCUGUAGAGAAUCCCUUCGACUGUGUGUUUCAGCCAUUUAAGCUACCAGAGAUUGUGAUGCACCCAGAACCAGACUACUUCACAGCCCCGUUCAGCCAGGAAAGGCAGGAACUCUACCUCAUUGAGGACAAGGAUACAUUUUUCCCUCCAUCUGUCAGAAACAGAAUUGUUUUCUAUAUUUUAACAAGGUGCCCAUAUGGAUCAGAAGAAGGGAAGAAGAAAUUUGGGAUCAGAAGACUGCUAAAUAAUGGUACCUACACUGCUGCUUACCCACUUCAUGAUUGUCAAUAUUGGAAGAAGGCAAAUGAUCCAAAGUGUGAAAAUGAAAGAUACACGCUAUACAGGGAGUGGGCAAGGUUUCCUCAGUUUUUCAAAGAACAGCCCUUGGAUCUUAUCAGAAAAUAUUAUGGAGAAAGGAUUGGAAUCUAUUUUGCCUGGCUGGGUUUCUACACCGAGAUGCUAUUCUUUGCAGCUCUUGUUGGCGUUAUCUGCUUUCUGUAUGGCUUAUUCACAAUGAAUGAAAAUAUGAGUAGCAAAGAAAUCUGUGACAUUAAUAUUGGGGGAAAUAUCAUCAUGUGCCCACUGUGUGAUGACAAAUGUGAAUACUGGUGGCUGAACUCCACUUGUAAGUCUUCAGAGUACUCCCAUUUGUUUGAUAACGUGGCAACUCUCUUCUUUGCAAUCUUUAUGGGCAUCUGGGUGACACUUUUCUUGGAGUUUUGGAAACGGCGGCAAGCUCGACUUGAAUAUGAGUGGGAUUUAGUUGAUUUUGAAGAGGAACAGCAACAGCUCCAGCUGAGGCCAGAGUAUGAAGCAAAGUGUACCCAAAAAAGAAAGAAUCCAGUCACUCAGGAAGUAGAAUUGGUUAAGAGGAAGACCGUACAUGACUAUGGGAAACUGAGCUUGUUGUACUUUGGAAUAUUGUUUUGGAUCUCCUUGAUCAUAGCGAGUAUGAUAGCUGUGAUAGCUUAUCGCCUUACCGUCUAUGCUACUUUUGCCAGUAUCAUGGAGCACACACAAACCCUGAAGCCCAUUCAAAGUUUACUGACACCACAGCUGGCAACAUCAGUCACUGCGUCAUGCCUGAAUUUUGUCAUCAUCAUGAUCUUGAAUUUCUUAUAUGAGAGGAUAGCUGUCUGGAUCACAGAUAUGGAAAUCCCAAGAACUCACCUUGAGUAUGAGAACAGACUCACCAUGAAGAUGUUCCUGUUUCAGUUUGUCAACUACUACUCUGCAUGUUUCUAUGUGGCUUUCUUCAAAGGGAAAUUUGUGGGCUACCCUAGUGGUUACACCUACAUGUUUGGUACCCUGAGAAAUGAAGAGUGUGACCCUGCAGGAUGCCUGAUUGAACUGACGACACAGCUUACCAUUGUCAUGGCUGGCAAACAGAUCUGGGGCAAUAUCCAAGAAGCGAUUGUACCCUGGAUCUUCAAUUGGUGGGGCCGUCGGAAAGCCAGGAGCAGCCCAGAGAAUUUGUACAGUCGAUGGGAGCAAGACCAUGAUCUGCAGAACUUUGGAGCCCUGGGCCUGUUUUAUGAAUACCUAGAAAUGGUUAUUCAGUUUGGAUUUAUUACUCUAUUUGUGGCCUCUUUUCCUUUGGCCCCACUACUUGCUCUGAUGAACAAUAUCUUGGAGAUUCGAGUAGAUUCCUGGAAACUUACUACCCAGUUUAGAAGACCGGUGGCAGCCAAAGCCCAUAGCAUAGGAAUUUGGCAAGAAAUUCUGAAUGGAAUGGCUAUCUUGUCUGUUGUCACAAACGCAUUCAUUGUAGCCUUCACAUCGGAUAUGAUUCCUCGAUUAGUUUUCUAUUAUGCUUAUUCUACGGAUCCUAAUUCACCCAUGUCUGGAUACAUUAACAGCAGCCUUUCUGUAUUCAACAUCUCAGAUUUUACAUCAAAAAAUAACUCUGGGUUGGAAUUCGAAACCUGCAGAUACAGGGACUACCGAUAUCCACCAGACCAUGAGAGGAAAUACACACACACAAUGCAGUUCUGGCACAUUCUGGCUGCCAAAAUGGCAUUUAUAAUUAUUAUGGAGCACGUUGUUUUCAGUGUCAAAUUCUUCGUGGCCUGGUUGAUCCCUGAUGUCCCAUCUGAGGUGAAAGCCAAAAUAAAGCGUGAGAAGUACUUGACGCAAAAAAUCCUACACGAGUAUGAACUCGAUAAACUUAAGCAGAAGCUGUGCGAAGGCAAGACCUAUGCCAGCAUGGAAAAGGAAGUCAUUGCCUCUGAAGGGAGAGUGGAGUUAUCAGAAGUUAUGUAGCCUGCGGAGAGGCUGCCUGCCUGAACGUUUAGCCUGUGAAAAAUGUGUGAUUUGAUAUCCUGAGCUGCUCACUAUCCUGUGAAAGCCACCUGGUAUUUCGCCACCUUUCUUUCAGGCUUGAAAGGUUGACUAAAGCAGAUGGAGGGAGACAUCAUGGAUUGCUGUUGGGCAGUCCGCAUGCCUAUCUUUUCCAGUUCUGUACACUUGGAAACCUUGUGUGACUUUGGAAAACAAGCUUCAGCUCAUGGAAUUGCAAUGUCUCUUCCACUGCCUUGCCUUUCUAAGUCCUCCCGCUUUUUGGAACUAGGACUGUCUUCAGUUGUUUUAAUAAUGAAAUAGCCCCAGACCUCCAUGUUUUCAGCUGUGGCUCAGCAACAGCUUCCAGAGUGGGAGAAGGACCUCCCUAAAGUGACUCGGGCAGUUGUCAGGAGGAGCACAAACUCCUUCCUCACUCAGCCUAGAUUUUGUGUUCAUGUGUGUGCAUGCUGAUAAAGCCAAGAGGUUGAAAAUACAUGGGAUGUGCACUCCGCUACUCAUUGCACCACCGACUGCUGGUGCCAGAGCCAAAAGGGAAUUUUUAAUCCUAUAAUUUGUACUUUCUUUGGAUCUUAACACCACAGAGUGUCCCAUUUUUGUCUGCCUGUUCCGGAACACUAGAUAUUGAGCUGCCAGAAUGCUAGCCGUAGUUAACCUUGGAAAGAUAGAAAAGAUUUUGUACAGCAAGUACAGAAAGGUUUGAGAAACCUUGGCUGAAAGGCACUGCCAACAGGCAAACUAACAAUCAGAUCUGGCUUUUAGAAAAUGAGAUGCCUUACUCAGUAUUAACGAAGUACUGGCCUGUAAUUUUCUGCUUGCUAGCAGUGGCUAGCAAGAGAGCAUGUAGUUUUCUAGCUUUGGACUACAUAAUGGAUUUGAGCAUAUGAUACUUGAAAGGUUACUUAGAAAACCCUAUACAUUAUCAUGUGCACAUUUGUGCCACACAUAUCUGCACCUUUUAAAUGCCUCUUCAGGUAUUGAGAUUAUUUUGUUGGUUAUUUUAAAGGCUCAGCUAUCCUAACUGUAAUUUUACUGUAUAGCAACUCUGGUGCAAUAUUUGUUAAUUGCACAGCCUAACAACAACAACAAAAAAAUUAUGGAAAUACUUUUUCCUAAUUUAUUUUUAAGCCUAAUAAUUUCCAUCAAGGAAACUUUCCUAUAGUAAUAGUUAAUUAGGCAAAAUACGUGUGAUUAUCUUAUUUCAGUACUCUGGAAAAGAUACAAUGAUUUACCUCAGAAUUCACAUUUUAGAGAAAAAUGAAGUUUUUAAUUUUUGCUCUUGUAUUACAUGAGUAGCCGAGGGGAUGCAGAUGAAAGAACAAUUCUUAAAAAUUAGUAAAAUAUCGCAUUGUGAAUAUAUUUUGCAAAGGCCUGAAUUAGUGGAGUUUGGCCUUUGACAUCUGUGCUGUUAGUUAAGGUCUGGAGUCCUUAUUCCUGAAGAACUGAAGUUUUCCUCCUGAAAAUAUUAAAACAGUUUUGCAAGCUCAAAAUCCCUGAAGAAGUCAUCAACUGGUCUAUAAAAAAGCUAUUCAUUGUGAAUCUGCCUUAAUAGUGAUUAUUUGUGUUUGUAUAUGAAGUGUCUUUGCUGAAAGACAUAUGUAUUCUUAAUAUUUAAUUAAUGAAAAAUUAUGUAAAACUCUAGUGCUAAGAAAUUUUUCUUAAAAGUCAAAUAAACAUUUGCUAUUUUUUUCUUGUUUUCAGUCACUUUUACAGAUUUAUGAAGUCUACUCAGAGUAGGCUAUCCAUGCAAAUCUAACUGCAAGCCAUUUACAGGUGGUGGGCUGACAUCCUGAUUAAUUUACCAGACAACGUCCUAUUGAAAUUUAGUAAUACUGUUGAGCAACAGUCUGGAUGUCAGCUAGUAUACUUGUCCUUUUAUAUAAUUUUACAAGUAUUUUUGAGGCUUUGCUAUGUUUUUAUAGCCAAUUUACCCUACUCUGCUUGGUGCCUUGUUCAGGUGAAUUUUUUUUUAAGGAUGUGAAAUGUAUGUAGUGUAAUGUAUCUUACAAGUUUAUUCAGUCACAGGCAUUGUGAAAAUCAGCUUUCACGCAAUAGUGUGCUGCAUUUGCUGAAAACUUCUGUGUUGGUUAGUUCUAUGCAAACUAUAUGAAUGCUAAAUGAGAGAAGCAAAGUACCUGCUGAAUUAAAAAAGACACAUAUUGGGCAUAAUGCUGUUGAAAGCAAUGUUUGAUUGUCAAGUAUUGAAACAAAAUUCCCAGGCUGUGCUAUAUGCAAGCAGUAAACAUUCUAAAUACAUUAGUAAAAUGCCCAGAGUAGGUCAACAGUGUCCACUUUUAAUGGAAAAUAUAUGCUUAUCAUAGCAACCAAGAAUGAUACGCAUUGUAAGGCACUGUGGGCUUCCCUGCUGGAUCAGGGAGUUCAUCUCUAACUACCGUAGACAUUGGCUACAUAAUUUGAUUUAUGUUGUCCAGAUUUCUAUGAAAGGGAACAUAAUUUCAUAGUUUUCCAUGCUUUAGGGCAGGUAUGGGUCCUGCACUUUAAGAAGGAUUUUGAGGAACUGGAAGGGGUUCAGAGGAGGGCAGCAGAAAUGAUGAGGGGUCUGGAAACCAAACCCUUUGAGGAAUGGUUGAAGGAGCCGGGUAUGUUUAGCCUGGAGAAAAGACUAAGAGAAGAUAUGAUAGCCGUCUUGAAAUAUCUGAAGGGCCAUCACGCAGAAAAAGGAGCAGACAUUUUCUCUGUUCCUCUUUGGGGCAGGACUAGAACCCAUAGGUUGAAAUGAAAAGGAAGCAGAUUUAGACUAGACAUGAGUGAGAAUUUUCUAACUGUAUGAUCUGUUUGGCAAAGGAAGAGUGUGCCUCGUGCAGUGGUGGGCUCUCUGCUGGAGGUUUUCAAACAGAAGCUGGAGGGCAGCCACCUUCAGAGAUGCUGUACAAGCUUCCUGCACCGAGUAGGGGGUUGGACUAGAAGACUUCCAAGGUCCCUUCCAACUCUUAAAAUUCUAGGAUUCUGUAUUAAGGAGCAUCAGAAAGAAGGUUCUUUGUGUCGGGGGGGAAAGAUUCCAGUUCAGGCAUUCAAAUUGCUCUGAAAUCUCUGUUCAGACUCCUUUCCAUACCCACUAUUAUAGUUGGAGAACAACCAGGCCCUCUACAUGUCGAAGCGGCUCUGGAAGCUGCUAAAUCUCUACCUUGCAGAUUGGUAGGAGAGUGAACUGCCUAAUCCCUGUGGUCACAGGGUUGCUCUUAUUGUUGCAUCACCCCUGCUCUCCUUGGUUGGAUUCAUGGGCAUUUGUUGGACCAUAUGAAUCCACACACCCUGCAUGCGUAGAGCUCUGCAUGGAGCCGAGGAGCAGAAUGACAGAGCAUUCUCUGAACAGUACUUGAGCCCAAAUUCAAUAUUUAUAGGAUAUAAAUCACAAUCCUUCUGACACCAGACUGACAUUUUGCUUGGCAUGAGCUCAGUUUGCUCACAUACCAUCAUCUCUGAUGCACUUUGCAGAAGUGUAUGUAAAAUGAAUAAAUAAUCAUAUCAUGUAACGUUCAGUACACCAAAGAUGUGUUGCACUUGCCAAAAAUCUACUUACUGAAAACCAAAUGCACUGCUGCUUCCUUAAAAAUGUUCUUUGUUGAUCUACAUGGAAAAUGUUGAAUUGUAUUGCUCUCAUAUUUAACUUAAUUGUAUAACUGCUUUUGGUAGCAAACUGCAGGGUUUGAAAAACAGUAUAGCAAACAGUGCUCCUAAUGGCCAACAGUGUUACAGUUCCAUCAUGUACACUGCUUUAUAGUUCUGUUUGACAUGAAAAUGCCAUUGGACUCAAAUGUAUUAGUGCAGUAUCUGUUAAAAAAAUUACCUUGCCACCUUGUAAAUUUAAAUUGUAUAGAAUCAGUUAAAACAAAUAAGACGGGAGAUGCAGAAAGAAAUAAUUCAUGUAAAGCAUACAAGUGAAUAAUAUGUGACUAUGGUUACACUCCAAAUGCUGCGGUUUCAGAAGCCCAAUUGAGAUAGACGCAGUGUUUUUGCUGUUAUAAUCCCUAGCCAUGGUUGCCCAAUCUCUCCCACCGAAGGCAGAAGGAUGAAGAGGAUAAAGUUUAAGCCGUGGUAUGUUUACUUGAAUACUGGGAGCUGUUGCUUGGGUGAUUAUGAGGGAAGCCCUGAGUGUGUGCAGGGAUCUGGGUCAGGACUGCUCUGUUUUUCAUGCAGAAAGCCGAACACAGCCCACCAGCUAAGUAUAGUAUUGUGCUUUAUAAUCUCCCUGUUUCCCCAGUUCCAACCAGGAAGUAAAAGCAAGAGGUUAAUUGAGUGACUGGGGAACCAUGUUUGGUUUUGUGGUCACAAGUUGUAUGGAGCUGUCUUAUUGUAACCCUUGCUCCAUAUUUCUAUAAAGGUAAAGUGUGCCAUCAAGUCAAUUUCGACUCCUGGCACCCACAGAGCCCUGUGGUUUUCUUUGGUAGAAUACAGGAGGGGUUUACCAUUGCCUCCGCCCACACAAUAUGAGAUGAUGCCUUUCAGCAUCUUCCUAUGUCACUGCUGCCUGAUAUAUUACCAGUGGGGAUUUGAACCGGCAACCUUCUGCUUGCUAGUCAAGCAUUUUCCCGCUUCGCCACUUAAGUUGACCCAUAUUUCUAUGCUAUUUCCUUUUUGAGCAAUGGUUUCACUCUGUAUGAUUGUUAGAGUUGAGCUACCAGCCUAUUAUACUUUGUCCAUCAAAUAUAUUCUGUUCUAUUUUCCCCAUCAUUCUCCAUGGUUGUGCUACACCUAAUUUAAUUUUCCACUUAAUUUUUCUUUGACCUUACCAGAGCCUUCAGGGCUGUCUUUGGAGAGCUUUGGCGGAGUGCAGGGCCUGGGGCAAAAGAGAUGCUGUGAGGCCCCUUCCAUUUUAACCCCUUAAUUUUAAGAGGGGUUAAAAGAGUGGGGCCUGAGGCAGUCACCCUGCUUGCUGUGCCCUAAGGACAGCCCUGUCUCUUUCUCAUCUGGCAGAGUCCCAGGCAGUCAUGUUUAUGCCCAUAGCUUGAAUAAUGUUUGGUGGUCUACAGGACCAGCUCUGACCCUUUGAGCUUGAAGCAGAAUAGCCUUGUGUUGCAAAGUCUUCCUGUACGGUAGGUACUGUAUGCAGGCCCCUGUGAGUGCUGAAUGUGGCAGUAGUGACUGAAUUUGUGAAAUGCUGCUUGUUUUAUACACACCAUAGUCAUGUUUCAGAAGUUGUCUUUGAAACCGUAAGGGCUAGACACUUUUGUUUUAGUUUAUAAAACGGAAGCUCUGCUUUUAUUUUAAGUUUUCUUGGGACUGCAAACUUUGAGUUUUUUCCAAUGCAUUUAAAGUGACUCAGGCUCCAGUCCUCAGAUGCUUCUGUGUAGCAGUAGGUUUGGAUGACUUGUCUGAGCAGGUCUCACCCACCUCAUGAUUAGGGACAUGCACAAGCACGUCUCACUCCCCCUUCCCACCACACAUCCCCUUCUAACUUCAUCCAAAGCAUCCCUCACAUGCAUUCUAAAUAUGUAGAUUGCAUAUGAAGAGUGGUUUGGGUGAAUCUGUCCCCUGCAUGAUUACAAGGAGGAAGAUGUGUGGAUGGGGAUGGUUUAGGCCGGGGUAGACAACCUUGGCUCUCCAGCUGUUGCUGAAUUGCAGCUCCCAUCAUCCUGAGCCAUUGUGGCUUGGGAUGAUGGGACUUGUAGUCCAACAUUAUUUGAGGGCUCAAGGUUGGGAAUCCCUGGCUUUGGCGUAUCAUCCAAACUGGCCUUCCCUCUUAUACAUUUUUCAGUACAACUAGAGUACAUAAGACAGCCUUAAAUAUUGAGUGUGUCUGUGUGAUCUGGGAUUUUGUUUUUUCACUUGUUACGGAGUAGAAACUGCUGUAAAAUAAAUUGACAUGAAGUAAAAGUACCUUUUUCUAGCUGUUUUUAAAUUGUGCUUUUAACGAAAUGUGUGGAUGUUGCCAAUUUCAAAUCUCUGGAAGAGAGAUGAAAUAUGUUAUCUUGUUUUCUUUCUUUAUGCCAAACCUGUUCAACUUCUGAAGAAUGUGGCAUGUCAGACUGUUAGACAUUAUGCUGAUGUAUGCAAUGCACUAAUGGAUUUUAAAAAUGUAAGUGUUGAAUUAAGCUUUCUGAUAUGUAUGGAUAAUGGAUUUGAAAUGUGUCAGCAAAUAAAUCGGUCUGCAUUUUUAAAAUACAUUGUCAGCUGCAAAUGUAUUCAACCGAUUCUGUGAAAUGUUGACUGUCUGUAGAUAAAGGAUUUUGUUUACAUUUA